AUGGUGGAUGGCGAAUCUGACCUCUCUUGUCUAGACAAAAAACAGAGAGUCGUGCUGCUUGGUUCCAUUGGUCAAAAGGUCGAUAGGGCGGACACCUUUCGCUCGUUGUAUACCACUAUCCAGGAAUUACGAAGUGCCAUCAUCGAGGACAUGGACGAGUUUUCGGCUCCUCCCGGUACCGAACUUCUUGGCGUCGGCACAAACGAGAACGCCAGUUACGACUCGUUGCCUACUACAGCCUGCGAGUUGAAAGGCAAAAUCAAGGCCAUGGACAUACUAUCAGCUCCUCCCGGCACCGAACUUCCUAUUGUCGGUACAAAGGACCUCUAUGUCUGA